AUGCCCAAUGAGCAGUCCCCUUUACUGAAAGACGCAGAAUCACAGAGACUCCGACAUCUCGGCGUUGCAAAACUUCUAGCUGGUCUCUUUGGUAUUGGUUCCUUCGUACCUUGCUUGAUGUUGAGACGCCGCGUUUUCCUCGCCAAUGCAGACAAAUCUAUUCUGUUAACGACUCAAAACAAGAUUGCGUCUUCCCUACAGGCUUCUUCUGGGGCGCCACUGUUGUUGGUAUCAUACAAUCUCGGUUUUUGCGUUGCACUACCAGUGAACGCACCCCUGGCGUUCAAAUGCCACUGCAUCAUCCUCAUUCUCACAUCGAAUUCCAGCGGCUCUGUCGACUCAUUAUGGCCAUUUGCCUUUGGUCGAUUUUUGGCAGGUGUGGGGGGUUCCGGAAUGACAGAUCUGCUCUCCGUACUUAUUAAUGAGGUUUUCGAUUCCACGGAAAUCGCGUACGUACGAAGCUAUGUCACUGCUGCCGAGAUCUUUGGCCAGGGAUGUGGAGGACCACUUGGAGGCCUUGUUACUGACAAGAUUGGCUGGAGAUGGGCCUUACUCGGUCAAGCGCCUGUCGGUAUCCUCUGUUUGAUCUUAGCAUAUUGGCAACUCCCACAAGUUCCCACGAAGAAUGACACGGAGAAUAGGCUGAGUUUAUGGAGCUUCGAUUAUUUGGGACUUGGAGCCUUCGCCAUUUCAGCUACUUUAUUCGUUCUCGGAGCAACCGACGGAAGUUCCGCCAUAGGUGGUAACAAGGUUGCUAUAUUUACCACCUCGGCUGUCUUUCUAGUACUCCUGGUGUUCAUUGAAAAAAUGGUGUCUAGGCCCAUCAUUCCUCUCUCUAUGAUCACAGCACCGGGUUUAAGAAACAUUUUCCUUGGACAGUUCAUGUUCUUUGCGAAUGUCAGCACAAUAGACCACCUCACUAGCUCACAGAUUGCACUCCGACUCUGGCCAUCCUGCCUUGGGUUGAUUCUUGGCGCCAUGGUAACGGGAAAGGUCUUGAGAAAGACCGUCAAAUAUCGCAAAGUAUCCCUCGUCGGGGUGGCAAUCUGUGUUGCAUCUUUGAUUGUUAUGACUACAAGAUGGAAAGAUGGCAUAAUUGGAGUUGAGGUGCAUUAUGGUUUCCCUUGGUCAGUAGGGAGUGGAGUCUUCCUCUCAGCCCAGUUCAUUGCGUUGAGCGUGCGGUGCCCAGGGCAAAUGGCCAACGCCACGGCGAUUUAUUGCCUAAUACAGCAAAUUGGUCAGAUAGUGGGUACCAGUGGUAGCACCGCAGCUCUACGGGGUCUUUUUGGCCUUCGGCUUGGUGUCAAUUUGGACGACAUACUCCCACGCGAGAAGGCAAAGAUAAUCCGUGGAAUCCUACACAACUAUGAGUCUAUUGCAACUUUGCCUGAAAACCUGCAAAAAGCUGUCCAAUCAAGCUACAUCGAGGCCUUCAGGCUAGUCCCAGCCGUAGCACUCGCUAUGAUUCUAUCUACUAUCAGCGGGGUCCUCAUUAUCUUCACAUAA